CGCCCGCCAGCCAAAAGCAACUGACAACCGUAACUAACCGUAACAGAAUCCCUUUCUUCCUCUGCAAGCUCUCCCCUCGCGGCCAUGGGCUCCGCCGCGCCGGAGUCCACCGCCGCCGCCGCCGCAUCCUCCUCGACGGGGUCUGCAGCCACCGCCGCGACCCCGCCCGCGGCCGCCUUCUCCGCGCCCGAGACCACCGAGUCCGGGGCCGAGGUCGGCGCCUCCUCCUCGACGGGUCCCGCCACUUCCCUGGCCCCGCUCGCUGCCUCCUCCUCCGCGCUCGAGCCUACCGCCUGCACGACGCUGUUCGCCGGUUCGGCCUCUUCCUCCGCGGCCGCGCUCGACUCUACCACCUGCACGGCGGUCUUCGCCGGUUCCGCCUCCUCCGCCGCGACCGCGCUCGAGUCUACCGCCUGCACGACGCUCGUCGCCGGCUCCUCCGCCACGACCACGGCUUCAUCCUCGGCGACGCCGCCGGCCACGCCCAACGCCGCCUUGCUCCGGUUUAUUCCGCCUGGCUCAGCAUUUGGGGAUGUGCCGGACCCCUAUGCCGUGUGCCCAGCUGACACGGUGUUCCCAGCGCUCCUGAGCUGCCCUGUGGCGCCUUCGCUGCAGGCCCAGCUUCCCGACAAAGAUGCACCGGUGGACACGAGCCCGAUGUACGUCAAGGGGGAUCCGUUUGCCAAGACGAUGUACCAGGAUAGUGAAGUCGGGCCCAGGAAGCGGAGCCGUGAUGAGGAGGAUAUUAUACCUGUGGCAGAGCUCAACGAGGUCAUCAAGAACGUGGCGGAAACUGUUUUUGAUGAGCAGCAUAGGAGUUUUGAGUACAUGGACAGGGACUGGCUUACAAAGGGUGAGUAUGAAACGUUGGAGUUCAGAAAGAAGGCUCACCCACCUCAGUUCUACGAAGUCAAGAAAUCAAAGCGUGGCGGACUUAAGCUCGGACCCCGACCUGGUAAAGCAACCAAACCGAGGAUUGGGAUCAAUGGUUUGGGGCGGAUCGGGAGACUUGUGGCCAGGCUUAUUUUGCACAGCAAGAAAAUGGAACUAGUCGUCGUCAACGACCCUUUUGUGAGCGCAAAUGACAUUGCUACAGCGCUAGCGGACAUGCCUCCUGAUUUAUUCCCUCCCACCAAAGUUCUAGCUAUUUCUGAGCCUGAAAAAAUACCCUGGGGCAAUCUCGGCGCAGACUACGUCGUGGAGAGCACUGGAGUAUUCACUGACACGGAUACUGCCAGCUCUCACUUGAUGGGUGGCGCCAAGAAGGUUAUCAUCUGUGCUCUGAGCAAUGAAGCUCCCACAUUUGUUUACGGUGUCAAUGAAAAUACGUACACACCAGAUAUUAGGAUCAUCUCAGUUGCUGAUACCGCUACAAUUUGUCUUGCUCUGCUCGCCAAGAUCCUCCACACUAAAUUUGGCAUCAGAGAGUGCCAUGUGACUAUAACCGGACCAUCCUCUAGUGCUGCAGAAAUUGGCAGGGCACUCAGUUCCGCUAUUCCUGAUUUAGUCGACAGGUUCCAUGUGACGGUGAGCCAUGAUCCUCAGGUGAAACUGUCUUGUGUGGAACUGGCCGUUAGGCUUGACGAGUGUGCUGACUAUGAGAUGAUCAAGGAUUCUGUCAGGAAGGAGUCUUCUUCAGAGGAACUUCACUAUGUACUAGCUAACCUGGAGGGAGGAGUGGGGCUCAAGGCCACAGAUUAUUUAGGAGAUUGCAGGUCGUGCUUCUUUGAUGCCGAUGCUGGAGGUAUGCUGGGGGACGGUUCCUUCAAGCUCUUCGCAUGGUUCAACCACCAGCGCAGCUACGGCCAGCGCUGCACUGACAUGAUUCUACACAUGGCGAAGAAGUCUAGAGUUGAUUGAGGAAGAGCUUCUACGGCAGAAAUGGGAAAGAGUUUAGAAAACACGGCCCUCUGCAACCUUUGUUACACCUUGUAAAUACUGCUAGGUUCCUCUGCUUGUACUGACGAGGCAAAUGCUUAUCAGUGUUGAGUGCUACACACAUGAGAAGAGACGGUGUAUGUUAGUCUCCUAGCUAGCUAAUCAGGCCAUGCCAAAGGUUGCCUGUUAUUUUUGCAAAUAUUGAGUGGAAGUCAGCAAUGUGGCUGGCUGUUUGUAUGAAAUACAGAUGCAAAUGCUACGAUUGCCGUGUAGAGUCUUUGUAAAUUCUUCCUCAUGAACUACAUCGGCUGUUGGUAGUGUGCUGAUGGUUAAGGUGAAGUCAAUGUACAGUUUUGUUCA